AUGAAUACAACUAUUAGUAAAUUUGUUGAUGAUCUGUUUGUUGAACGAUGGACAACAAAAAUCAAUUAUUCAUCAUAUUAUGAACAAUGUUCACCAUUAUUAUGUUCAUAUUUGAACUACUAUCAUACUUUUUUAUUCAAUGGAAUUUUUGAAGGAGAACCAAUGGGCACAAAUACAAUGCCAAUGGCACCAAUCAUAUUACCAACUUCCGUAAAACCAGAGAAGGUUUCAAAAAAUUCAUAA